AUGAAAGUGUGUGUGGUCCCCCCACCCAGCCCCCCACGCCUGAAGAUCCACUCGUGCUCGACUCGAAACCCAAACGAGUUCUGGAGGAGCUUUGAGGGCGGGAACAAAGACGAGGGAGGUCUGAAUCAGACGGAAUGCUUCACUGAAACUGUGAUUCAGCUCUUUUGUUUGCAGCUGAACAAACUCAAACUGAGUCUGGAGACGUUUCUACAGAACCUCAGAUCCAACGCCAGGAUCACAGCGGAUCCACCGCCAGGAUCAGAGGAGAUCCGCCGCCAGGAUCACAGCGGAUCCAUCGCCAGGAUCACAGCGGAUCCACCGCCAGGAUCACAGCUGAUCCAUCGCCAGGAUCACAGCGGAUCCAUCGCCAGGAUCACAGCGGAUCCAUCGCCAGGAUCACAGCGGAUCCGCCGCCAGGAUCACAGCGGAUCCGCCGCCAGGUUCACAGCGGAUCCGCCGCCAGGUUCACAGCGGAUCCGCCGCCAGGUUCACAGGAGAUCCGCCGCCAAGAUCACAGCGGAUCCAUCGCCAGGAUCACAGCGGAUCCGCCGCCAGGUUCACAGCGGAUCCAUCGCCAGGAUCACAGCGGAUCCACCGCCAGGUUCACAGCGGAUCCACCGCCAGGAUCACAGCGGAUCCACCGCCAAGAUCACAGCGGAUCCAUCGCCAGGUUCACAGCGGAUCCACCGCCAGGUUCACAGCGGAUCCACCGCCAGGAUCACAGCGGAUCCACCGCCAGGUUCACAGCGGAUCCACCGCCAGGUUCACAGCGGAUCCGCCGCCAGGAUCACAGCGGAUCCAUCGCCAGGAUCACAGCGGAUCCGCCGCCAGGUUCACAGUGGAUCCACCGCCAGGUUCACAGCGGAUCCGCCGCCAAGAUCACAGCGGAUCCACCGCCAGGUUCACAGCGGAUCCACCGCCAGGUUCACAGCGGAUCCACCGCCAGGUUCACAGCGGAUCCACCGCCAGGAUCACAGCGGAUCCAUCGCCAGGAUCACAGCGGAUCCGCCGCCAGGUUCACGCUGUUAUCCCUUCACCUGACUGACUUAAGUUCAUCGUUCUCCCAUGUUCUGUUUCUUGGUCUUGUAAACCACUUCAUGAUUCAUCUGUGAAAGAUUCUCUAUCAUAAAGUUUUCGUUUUCACUCACUGAACUGAAGCAGCAGGUUGAGCUGAAGGUCAGAGGUCAGGAUGGACCGUCAGAACGAGACUUCAGGACAAACGUGGAUCCGAGGUGAAGGUCAGUGCUGAGGAACAAGAAGAAACGGAGGGAAAAGGUAGAAACUGAAGAGAAUUCCACAUUUGAAAGGUAAUUUUCUGAUUAAAUGUAGAUUUAUGAGUAAAUUGGGAUUAUAAAUUCAGUUAACGAGAACAAAGGAUUUAUAUCGUUUAUGUGUUGAACAGCAGAAUAGAACAAAAUACAAUAGAAGAGAUUAAAAUCUAAUAUAAUAAAAUAGAAUAAAAACAAUUUAAUAGAAUAUAACAGAGUAGAACAGCAUACAAUAGAAUAUAACAGUAGAAAUAAAAUUUAACUGAUUAGAAAAGGAAAUAUAAUAGAAUCAAAUACAGCAUAAUAUGAUACAAUAGAAUUGAACAGAAUACAUUAAAAACAGACAGAAUAGAAUACAAUAGAACAGAAUCAAACAAUACAGAGUGAAAUAGAAUAGAACAAAAUACAAUAGAAUAGAACAGAUUAAAAAACAAUACAGUAGAAGAGAACAGAAUAGAAUACAAGAACAAAAUAUAACAAUAUAAUACAAUAGAAUAGCAUAAAAUAGAACAGAAUAGAAUACAAUAGAAUAGAGUGUCUGUAUUGUCACUGCCUACAUGUACAAUAACAUUAAAACCUUCAUCACAUCAGAAUCAAACUUUAUUUAAUCUGAACAUGAAGUCUGUGAACACAGUUUUAAACUCAAUAUCUAUGUAACGAACAUAUAAAACAAACAAUAAUAAAUAGGAGAAUAAAAGACUUAAUUGUUAAUAAAAAAGUACAGAAAGAUCUGAAAGUAUAAAACAAAUGAAUAAAUAUCUGUGAUCUAUGAUGGAGAUCUCUGAUGAAGAGCAUCCUCCUCCUCCUCUUCUUCUUCUUCUGGAGGAACAUCCAGAACUUUCCUCUGUAGUUCAGGUUCUGUUAAUGUUUGGGUCUCUCAGAACCGGUUUGUCAGGAUCAGAACUUCAACGUCUGGCUGUCAUUGGGAUCAUUUAUGACCUUUUUAGAGCACAGACGGACGUUCUCACAUCUCUGCUUCAGAAAUGAACCGUCUCAUUCAGAGCUUCAGAUCGUGACGCGUGGGAUGACCCCGCCCACCUCACGGCCGCUCGUCCCACUCAUCCCAACCUGAGCCCACUCAGCAGAGAUCCACACAAAGACAGCGGCGCCGGUGGGCGAGCGCCGGCUAAAAAUGGCAGCAGAACCGGAGAGGUGGGCUCCUGGAAGCCGCCUUCUCCUCCACCGCUGCAGCGGCGGCCGCAGCGUCCACGCUCUGACUCACCGGGCCGCUCUUAACGCGGCGCUGCAUUUAUGGACUCUGAGAGGAGCAGAAAUAUCGGCGUCACCACUCAGCUACACCUUUGGAGGAUCAGCUGAUAUUUAUGGAAACAUGGAGACAAAACGGUCCAAAACAGAAAACUUUGGUUUAUGUCUGGAAACGUUUAAGUUUUGACUUUUAUUUAAGCAAACUUUUUAGUUGGACUUUUUUGUUAAAAGGAAAUAAAGGAAGCGGUUGGAUUGGUCGACUUCUGUGACGGUCUGGAUGUGAGACGUCACAAAUACAGAAGUCGACUGAAGAGAAAAUGCAAAACUUUAGUUUCAAUAAACUCUUUUUUAUGGAUUCAUUCCGUCUUCAAAGGCUGAACAUCCCAGCAAACCUUCUGUUUGAUCUUUUAUGAGAAUCUCUACAGAAUCCAUGAAACUAAAGCAGGAACUGAGAUUAAAAAGAGCAAACGAUGAACGUCAUGAACCAACAGAACAUCAGUUUCACCUCCAUAGAGAUGCAGUUAAAUGAAAUCAAUCUGUGUUUUUUAGGGCAGAUUAUGAUUGAUUACAUUUAUAUUCGUAAUCAUGAAUGAAAGACAUCUAAAGUUAGCAUGAUGAUAACAUUGAAACCUGAACUGUUCAGUUGUUCUCCUUUAAUCCUGAUGAGCUAAAACUAACAAAUGCUUAAGAAAUAGGAGGAAAUAGUGAAUUGAUUAAAAGAUUCAUAAAGGUUCAUGAACCUGAUCUUUAUGUUCGCUCACAAAAACAUCUGAUUCUCCUUUUUGUCUUCAAUCAGAAAAGUUUUGACAGAUUCUGGAAACAGAAAACAGGCUUUUACUUUGAAAAACUGUUCUGGAAUUCCCCCAUAAAACAACAUUUUCAGAAAAGUUUUCCACAAAAACCCACAGAUGAAGGAAGAGUCGAGCUUUGGGAUUUAAAAAACAAAUCCAACUUUUUAGUUUCUUCUUUUUUCUAUUUCGUCUAAAAAAAAAGUGUAUUUUUCUGCAGGAUUAAAACUCCAGAUCGUGAUUGAACGCAGAGUUUUGGUUUAUGUCAGAAAUGUUUUUAUGUUUUAUGUUUGAAAGUAAAGAAUUAUUGAAACUCGU